AAUCAUCAUCCAAACCUAAAUUUUCUGCUUCUACAGUUCUACCCAUCAAAUAUGGCUGGCCCUGUUUUCGGAUUCCACCCUCACAGCUUCGGCGACCCUUCUGAUCACUGUGUUGUUCCUUUCGGAACACAAAAGGCUGCGCUACCAGGAAGAGGACCCCUCGUUUUUCGCUUCAAGGUACCGCCGACUUUCAACAUCGCCAAUAUUGAAGCACCGGUGAAUGUUCGUGCACCCAGCACCACAGACGGAGAGAGAAAGGAUGUCGAUGCACUUGCAAGUGGCAGUAGUUCCAUGGCGGCGCACUCUGUCAGAAACACCGACAUUAUUCCUGUCCUCUCGACCCAAAAACCAAAUAUCGCGGACGAGGUAGCUGUCCCUGUUAUGCCGGUUGAGAGAAAACGGCGCCAGAUCAUACGCUUGAAGGUAGCCGCACCCAAGAACACCACCACUGAAGCAGCGUUACCAGAAUCUGAGAAGGAAAAAGAUGCUCUUUACAGAGUUUACAGGCCAAUAAACCAACUCUUGCUCUUGCAACAUAAAACCAACCUCAUGGAGAACUCGUGUGUUUGCAUAUCUAUGAACGUAAAGCAGAAAACAUCUUCCAUGGUGUAGCAAUCUUAGCCAUCUCUUAAACUGUAAACUAUACAUAUGUGCAAAAGUUUCAAUCUGAACAAAAUACUUCAAAUUUAUGCUCAAGCCUUGCUGGAGGAUCCUGCUUUAGAAGUGUGACCAGCAGAUGAGUAAGACUUGCCACCUUGAGUGAGGCACAAGUAUUUCGGGCCUUUGUAACCCCAGAAUUCUUCUGAGGCAUCUGCGGUUGUCUUUGAAACAAGAAGCCCAGAAGAUGUGACGCUUGGGGAAGCAGCAUGUUUGAGUGUAAUGGCUUCAGAGAUUUGAUCUGGUUCUUGGAAAAUGCUCAAGCAUUUUCCUUGAGGAAAGCCUUCCAGGGAUGACUAGAGGGGGAAAUAUUGUUACACUCUAAACCUCCCUUUGAAUAAUCUUUAUACUAAUAA